GAAAGUUGAAGGGUGGCUUAUACGAAUGAAACGCUACUGCUUGGUGUGCGAACCGACUAAAGAAAUUUCAUCAACGGACGCUUCUUAAUAACUCGUCAGUCGCCACGUUUAAGGGGAGUCAAUCAUUCAGAUAAAUCACCUGGCUAUUGAUGAUGAAAAAAUUCACCCGAAAAGAUUUCAAACAGUGUGAACUAAAGCCAGUCGAAAGGGAAUUAUCGAAACCUUUGCCUGGAGUCCCUAUUCAUUUUAACUAUGGCAUAUUUUUUGAUGAUGAUUAUGACUACAUGCAACACCUCAAAUCUGCUGAUACCAAAGACGCUUACACUAUAUCUGUAAUACCCGAAGACUGUGCCAGCGUUGCCUCUAGUCAUUCUGAAUCACUUGAAGCACGUGAACCCGAGGUUGAUUAUGAUGAACAUAUUGUUAGUGACCUUAACAUGGAUUCAGAAGCGGAGUCCUUUGAUACGGAAAGUGAAUUAGAGGAUAACUUCGUAGAACUUGCAGGUGGACAUGUUAUAAAAUCCUCAGAAACCGAUGAUGAUGAUAAUGAUACUAAAAUGGUUGAAAAUACCCACUCAUUGAAUGCAAAUAUAACAGAAACAGAUAUCUCAAGGGUUUCAAAAGACAAAGUGGCACUCAUGGAGCGUUUCCUCUACGGUACCAAUGAAAAUUCAGGAGACACUCGAAGUUCGAGCUCCUUUGGUCAACUUACCGGGAAUUCCGAAGUCAAUGACUAUCCAGAUGAUUCAACUGUCUUGAAUAAAGAAUUUGAAAAGUUAAUGUUACGAUACAAAUCUCGGUCAAGUUGUGGUCAAUCCUUGUUAUCCGGAACGUCGGUGAUGAGUGAAGGCCUGAAAUAUGCCCUUGGUCGUGACAUGGCAAUCGCUAAGCAGAAAGUAAAACAAGAUCAUACAGACUUCAAUGAUGAUCUUAAAGCCAUUACAAUUAAAAAGAGCUUCGAAUUAGAUGGAGUGGAACAAUUCAACGACAGUGAAAGUGACUCCUUAUAUGAUGAAGAAAACACUGAACACAUGACAAUUUCAUAUUCCAAUAGUAAUUCAAAUUCGGACGUCAUGAAAUGGAAGCAUCUAACUAUGCCCAGCUCUAAUAAGACGAAAAAGAUAUCAUCCUCAAAAGGUUCUCAAAAUACUAAUGAUUUCAUGGAAUUUUCAAAACCACUGGACCCUGAAUUACUUGUAAGGGAAAAAGGAGAGUCUGCUGAACAAAAACGCUUGCGUAAAGCCGCUAUCAAGGAACACCGCCAAUUGCGACGAAAGAUACGUAAAGUCAACCAGUUAAACUUCCGUCAAGAGAAGGAAAGACAGGCAAGAAACAGCUUGAAAACAAUGGUAGUCCACUAGCUAAGGUCAAUGUGAUAUUUUAUUGUACAGAGUAAACCACUGAAGUCACCACAUACAUUUUUAUUGAAAUAUAUUUACAUAAAAAUUGGUGGUAGUUA